GUGAGCGGGGACCGCGGCGCGGCGGCAGCGCCAGAAAGCGCCGCUGCUCAGCUGUAGUCCACGCCCCCUUCCCGCCCCGGUGACAGUCUCUGCGGAAAGUCGCGUUCGUGAUUGCUGGAGAGCACCCAGCGGGACGACGACGGCGGUCUUGCCCGGUGGUUCGGGCCGAGCGACCAGGAAGCGGUUUCCCGGCGAACUGCCCACCCCUCCCCCCGCGCCCCUAGGGCAGCCCGUACCUGUAGAGCCUGAAGAUGCUGAGGUCUAUGUGGAAUUUUCUAAAACGUCAUAAAAAGAAAUGCAUCUUCCUGGGCACGGUGCUCGGAGGAGUAUAUAUCCUGGGAAAAUAUGGACAAAAGAAAAUCAGAGAAAUACAAGAAAGAGAAGCUGCAGAGUACAUUGCUCAAGCAAGACGACAGUAUCAUUUUGAAAGUAACCAGAGGACUUGCAAUAUGACAGUGUUGUCCAUGCUUCCAACACUGAGAGAGGCCUUGAUGCAACAACUCAAUUCUGAGAGCCUAACCGCUCUGCUAAAAAACAGGCCUUCAAACAAAUUAGAAAUAUGGGAGGAUCUAAAGAUAAUAAGUUUCACAAGAAGUAUCGUAGCAGUAUACAGUACUUGUAUGCUGGUGGUUCUUUUGCGAGUCCAGUUAAACAUAAUUGGUGGAUAUAUUUACCUGGAUAAUGCAGCAGUUGGCAAAAAUGGCACUACAGUUCUUGCUCCCCCAGAUGUCCAACAGCAAUAUUUGUCAAGUAUUCAACACCUCCUUGGAGAUGGCCUGACAGAAUUGAUCACAGUCAUUAAACAAGCUGUGCAGAAGAUUUUAGGAAGCGUUUCUCUUAAACAUUCUUUGUCUCUUUUGGACUUGGAACAAAAACUAAAAGAAAUCAGAAAUCUAGUUGAACAGCAUAAAUCUUCUUCUUGGAUUAAUAAAGAUGGAUCCAAAUCUUUAUUAUGCCAUUAUAUGAUGCCAGAUGAAGAAACUCCAUUAGCAGUUCAGGCCUGCGGGCUUUCUCCUAGAGAUGUUACCACUAUUAAACUACUCAAUGAAACUAGAGACAUGUUGGAAAGUCCAGAUUUUAGUACAGUUUUGAAUACGUGUUUAAACCGAGGUUUUAGCAGACUGCUAGACAAUAUGGCUGAGUUCUUUCGACCUACUGAACAGGACCUUCAACAUAGCAACUCCAUGAGUAGUCUUUCCAGUGUCAGCUUGCCACUAGCUAAAAUAAUUCCAAUAGUAAAUGGACAGAUCCAUUCAGUUUGCAGUGAAACACCUAGUCAUUUUGUUCAGGAUCUAUUGAUGAUGGAGCAAGUGAAAGAUUUUGCUGCUAAUGUGUAUGAAGCUUUUAGUACUCCCCAGCAACUGGAGAAGUGAUUUCUUUUGCUUCCAGAAAAACUACAAUGGAAUUCAUUUACUUUUAAAAAUACACUGAAUAAAUCAACUACAUAUAGGGUAAUGAUUUGUUACCAAAAUGCCUAAUAAAAAUAUAUUCUUAAUCAAAGUCUUCAUUUCAUAAUAAAAUAGUUUUAUUUGGCAUCUUAAUAUAUUUUUUUAAAGUCAGGUCACCAACAGACUAGUUUUUGUGGGUAUAUCUGAGUGUACACAGUGCAAAUAUUUGUUACACCGUGGCUAUUAAUUCCAAACU